CCCACUGCCACACCUACAAUAAAUAAAAAAGUCACAGGGGGCACUAUAGAGUCCCUGCGCAACUCCUGAAUCCACUCUUUUGACAGAAAAUGAUGACACACACUUCUUGGUACAAAGUUUUGUAAGUUUUUGAGGAUUCUAAAUGAAUCCCCCCCCCCGACACACACACAUACACAAAAAAAAGGUAUAAAAGGACUAAAAAAGGAAUGAUAAUGAAAAACUAAGUACAAUAAAUGAAUAAGUAAUCACAGAGGAAGAGAAAGGAAAAGAGAAGUUAUUCUGGACCUACAAGUUUUGGUCCCUGAAACAUUCAAAUAAUGGACCCUGUGUCUUCCAAAAUAUUUUACAGACCCCCUGAUGGGGCAUCUUUAAUCUAUAAUGAAUGAACUGGAGGAGGAGCUGUUUUACAACUAAGUUGAUAUCAGACACAUGGCCAUCAGUGUUGAAAAUGCUGGAAGUUCAGCACUAUAUUUGGGCAGUGGUAAAGUUAGAGGCGGGAAUGAGAUAUGACUCAGACUGCAGCAUGUUCAAAAGAGGUCUCUGCACUAGUAUUAAAGAUCAAAGUCAGAACAAAACUGAUGAAGAGAGAGACAGAAAUGUUCACGGUUUCACACACGAUUCUGGAUUCAUUACAAAAUCUUUAUAACAUUAUAACUUUAUAACUUUCUUUCUAGCCUGCUCUCUGGUUCCUGGUUUCAUAACGGAAGUUGAACAUGACACCCAACGCCCCCAGCUGUACAGAGAUAAGCUGUGGCUGUGUGUGUGCGUGUGUGCGUGUGUGCGUGCGUGUGUGUGUGUGUGUGCGUGUGUGUGUGUGUGUGUGUGUUUAAUCUGUAGUGUGAGGUCUAAAUGUGUUCUCUUCCAGCUCUCUCUUUCACACUAAAGGAACCUCCAACUGCAGCGUCUCUGGAUUUCUCAUAAUAAUAAUAAUAAUAAUAAUAAUAAUAAUAAUACAGCUAAUACUACUACUACUAACAGUAAUAAUAAUAAUAAUAAUAAUAAUAAUAAUAAUAAUAAUAAUCAGGAUGGCGUAUUGGUGGAGUUUUUCGGCGGAGACGUGGGCUCUGAUCGUGAUCCUCAUCAGUCUGAUCCUGCUGUACGGGUACUGGCCACACAGUGUCUUUAAGCGUUUGGGAGUUCCUGGUCCUAAACCGGUACCAUUUUUCGGAAACAUGUUAGAAUAUCGUAAGGGAAUCCAUAAUUUUGAUAUGGAGUGUUUUCAGAAGUACGGCAGGGUUUGGGGUAUAUACGAAGCAAGACAGCCGUCCAUCUGUAUCCUGGACACCGAGAUCAUCAAAACCGUCCUGAUUAAAGAGUGUUACUCUCUCUUCACCAACCGCAGAAGUUUGCGUCUACAAGGUCCUCUGUACGACGCAGUGACCAUCGCCGAGGAUGAGGACUGGAAAAGAAUCAGGAGUGUUCUCUCUCCAUCGUUCACCAACGGCAGACUAAAGGAGAUGUUUGAGAUCAUGAAGUCACAUUCUCGUUCGUUGGUUGAGAAUCUGGAGAAGACAUCUGAGCGAGGAGAAUCAGCAGAUAUACGAGAGUUUUUCGGAGCGUACAGUAUGGAUGUGGUGACGAGCACAGCGUUUGGUGUUGAUAUCAAUUCUCUGAACAACCCCAAAGAUCCCUUUGUAACCAACUUCAAGAAACUGCUGAAGUUUGAUCUACUCAACCCUUUGUUCCUCACCAGUGCGUUGUUCCCCUUUAUCACACCAGUGCUGGAGAAAAUGGGUAUUUCCAUUUUCCCAACUGCAGUGACUAAUUUCUUUUACACCUCCCUGCAAAAGAUCAAGUCUGAACGUGUCACCCAAAAUCAUAAGAAACGAGUGGACUUCAUGCAGAUGAUGAUCGAAUCUCAGACAUCAGAAAAAGAGAAUAUGAAUGGCAAAGAAUCAAACAAAGGUCUAAAUGAUCAUGAGAUCCUGUCCCAGUCUUUGGUGUUCAUCUUUGCUGGUUAUGAGACGAGCAACAAGACGCUGUCAUUUCUCUUCUACAAUCUGGCCAGUAAUCCAGACACGAUGAAGAAACUACAGGAAGAAAUCGAUGAAACUUUCCCUAAUAAGGCUGAAGUUGAUUAUGACACAGUGAUGAACAUGGAUUAUCUGGACGCUGCUCUGAACGAGUCACUCAGGUUGUACCCGGUUAUUUUUCGUCUGCAAAGAGUCUGCAAGAAAACGGUGGAAAUAAAUGGUGUUACCAUCCCAAAAGAUACUGUCGCCUUGAUCCCCACUUAUGCCCUACAUCGGGACCCUGAAUACUGGACUGAGCCAGACACCUUCAAGCCUGAAAGGUUCACUCAGGAGAAUAAGAAGAGCAUCGAGCAGUAUGCGUACAUGCCGUUUGGUUUAGGACCCAGAAACUGCAUCGGGAUGAGGUUUGCCCUUGUGAUCAUCAAGCUGGCUGUUGUUGAGAUACUGCAGAAAUUCGACAUCAGUCUUUCUGAGGAAACGAAGGUUCCUCUGGAGCUGAUCAACACUGGAAUUCUGGCUCCUAAACACCCCAUAAAACUCAAAUUCACUAUUCGGAAAAUGUCAAACUCGGACUCCUUCGACAACAGCCACAUUAACUCAUAAACUCUCAAAUGUUUUCCUUAUUUUCACUGUAUUUCUGAAUUUGACUUUAUUUUUCAGAGUAUUACAGUCAAUCUGUAUUUGAAACUGAAGUGAAGUGUGUAAAGAUGCAAUGCCUGUGUGAAAAAAUAUUCAAACCUGUUUAGCACUUUUAAAUGCCAAUGUUAUUUCAUGUGUUCACUCGGAAAUAUCACUUUAUUGCCAUAUAGCAUCGAUGUUCCAUAACCUUAACCCCUGUGAGUCCUUAUGGGCAUUUUUGUCUUUUUCAUUUUUUAAAAUUAUUAUUAUUUUAUUUUUAUUUUUUAUCAUUUUGUCAGUGUUAAUGCAAACAGCAUAGUUUUCGUGUAUUUUUAUUGGGAUUUUAAUAUUUCAUCCUCAUUUGCUUUCAUAAAUCUAUUUUAAACUAGAUACACAAAAUAGUUUCACUCAGGACCUUACGGACAAAAACGUCCCCAUUGAAACCCAUUCAAACUGCAAUAUUUAAUCCUCAUGACGUUGAAGCAUAAAAUCAUGCGUUCUGUGUUAACAGGCUUUUAUUUUGUGUAGUAUUUUCUCAGGUUUAUCCUCUGGGGAAAAUCCAUGCUUUUCUUUUUUUCUGCUUCUGCUGAAUUAUAGAGUGCCGCAGAACUGAAUAAAUGAUCACUCUAACAGGACACACCUGGGCAACAAGACACACCUGUCUGUCACAUGUUCCAAUAUUUUUGAUCACUUGAAAAAUGGGCAUGUUCAAACAAAAAAAAGGUUAAAUUUUCUAAGUUGUUUAACACAUCUACAUGUAAAUAUCAGUAAAUAAAAGCUGAAAUUCUC